GAUUUUUCAGUGCACUUUUGGAAAACCUCUAUUUCCAUGACACCUUUUCUCAGAUAUGUAUUUAUUAUAUACAAUUUAGUAGCAUAUGACAGACACUAGGAGAUCUCUCAGCUGCCACAAUUUAGAAGCAGCCUAAAAUAACGAGACAGAUAACAUAUUAGUGGUUUCUUUUUAAAGAAAAUUUAUUUGCAUUGCACAGUCUUACAGUGCAACAGGCAGUGCUCAACCAAUGUAUCUCUACUUGCUUCAAAGAGGAUUACUGUGCCUUCUGCUUAGCUUAGUUACUUCAAAUUAGGAUAAGGGUAAGGAGAGCAGUCUACAGCAGCCAUCUGUCUGUGGACAGUCAAGCGCUCACGCUGCUGUAAAUGGAGACAAGUCUGGAGUUGGAUGUUUUGAUAUACCCAGAUGAAGUAAGGAUUGUUACUCCGGAGGAACUCAUAGAAUGGGAACUUGAGACUGCGAGCCAGGUGUCCAUACCCACCGUCCGACUCUUUGUGGCACUUUACCCAUAUAAUCCUGCUGCAAUGUCUCCCAACCAUGACACGGCUGCAGAGGAGCUGCCUUUUGUACCAGGCCAGAUAAUCAAGGUGUUUGGAGACAAAGACAAUGAUGGUUUCUUUCAUGGUGAGUCUGGUGGUCUCUCCGGUUAUGUACCAAGUAACAUGGUGGCUGAAAUCCCAGUGGACGACGAGUACCUGAAGCAUCUACUCAUGCAGCAGGGAUUCCUGCCUGUGGACCACACAGAUAUGUCUCUAACGCCAAGUUUGAGCGACGUAGCCAGCAUCCCUGAUGAUGUGAUUGUUCGACGAAUGGUGGCCUUAUUUGACUAUGAUCCGUGGGAGAGUUCACCCAACAUGGACAGUGAAGUUGAACUUGGUUUUCGUUCAGGAGACAUUAUAUAUGUGUUAGGUGAGAUGGAUCAAGACGGAUUUUACUAUGGGGAUCUGUGUGGACGACGAGGUUUGGUUCCAUCAAACUUCCUGCAGCCACUGCCCUGGGAUUAGAAGAAAAGUCCCCGCUCCAGUAGGAUGUUUGCUACAAAUGCCAAGUCUCAGACACAGUGAGAAAUUAGCAGUUUUUAUUUUUUUUAAAUGGACAUUUUUAUGUGUCAAAAUACAUCUUUUUUAUUUUUUAUGUUAUAGACAAGCACUGCGCUGCACUUGCUUUUGAUUGCAAAACAAUGAUUGUCUAUGCAAAUACUGUAAGCAACUAAUUCACCAGUAUUGAUCAAGAUGCAGCAAAGUGAAGAGUUCUCAUCAUUCAAUUCAGAUAAUUCUUUAUUGAAAAAUAUUAACAAAAAUGACAAAUCAUUUGGUGAAAAAAAA